AUGGCAGCCGCAGAACAUCUUACCAACCUUACCGCUCUGGUCCUUGGAAACCUCCGAGAUCAGCAUGACUGGACUAAUGUUGAAGUUCGCAGUGACGGGAAAAGCCGAUCGCGUCCCAUCAUCACCGGCCUCCCGCCCAAUAGGCUGUACAUGCAUCCAGACGAACAAAUUGAGGCUUUGGAGAUGGACAGCAAGCGUUCGAGCCAGGCGCCCGAAUAUGAGUGGGUUCUCCCAGUGCAUCUAAGCGAACAAUGGACCCUGAGCUCUUUCGCUACAAUUUUCGACUCCAUCGACACUCUACCACGACCACUUGAUCCAGCAAGCACCAUCGAUAGAUCCAGAAAGCGGGAUUGGCGUGGUGCAGACCGCCAAAAGAGGCUACUCCUUGCCGUGGUCCACGAUGAUUCGACCGUGUCUUACUACCUCAUUCAUGAUGGUAUUGUCAAGCCAAGACAGAAUUAA